GUGGCCCCGGCGGCGGCGGGCGUGGCCCCGGCGGCGGCGGGCGUGGCCCCGGCGGCGAUGGCGGCGGCCCCGCGGUGGCGGGAGCGGCUCUUCGGCCUCUUCUUCCUCUCGCACAUCCCCCUCACGCUGCUGGUGGAUCUGCCGGCGCUGCUGCCCGCCGGCCUCCGCCCGCGGGCCCUGGCAGAGUUGUUACAGUGGUACGCAGCCACCUUUAGAGACCCCCUGAUGCUCCAGCCCCCGGCGUGGUUUAAGGCGUUCAUGUACUGUGAAGCCUUCCUGCAAAUGCCUUUCUUCCUCGUUGCAGUGUACGCCUUCCUGAAAGGUGGCUGCAGAUGGAUAAGAACUCCUGCAAUUAUCUACUCCACCCACGCAGCCACAACUCUGUUUGCCAUCCUCGCGCAUAUCCUGUUCCACGACUUCGAGUCGGAGCACCUGGGGCCUCAGACACAACGCGAGCGCCUGACCCUGCUGUCCAUAUACCUGCCGUACUUGCUGAUACCACUUCUGAUUCUGGUCACCAUGCUCUACAACCCCCACUACAACCACGUGGAGAAAAGGAAAAGGAAGUAAGCCGCUCGGGGAGGUGUGUGCACGCGCAACGCUGAUGCUGGUUUUGAUUCGGACCCCGUGCUGACGUCGCCCUUGGGACAGACCUCUGGCUCGCUGCUGGCUGCAGCAGCCGCUGCGGGAGCAUCUGGCUCCUGCCAGAAUUUGAUGUGCUGUGAGAUCACGGCUCUCCUUCAGUCGGAAAAAGCUUUGGCAGACGCCUGUACUGGCAAUUCCGGGUGGUUUCUGGGCACGCGGCGGUGAAGGGACCUCGCUCCUCUCCCUCUGUCCCGUCGUGCAGCGCCUUGUAACAGGAAAAAGAACUUUUAACAUUUGAUGUGUAACGGGGUGAUGGGGGCGGGGGGAAACUACAGCGGAUACUUUUCUUCCAAGUGCCCGUUUUCCAAGAUGUUAGGAGACCACUUAACUAAGAAAUCUGUCUUCCAAGAGCUUUUUCUGCAAAAUCCAUAACCGAUUAUAUAAAGAUUUGCAAAGCUAUGCUUCUGAAGCAUUUCAAAUCAUAUAAUAAUUCUUAACUUCCUUGCCCUUUUCUUUAAAAUUGCACCUUCCUUUGCUCUGCUUCUAUUUUAAUUGUAAAUGUCUGAUCAGUGAAAUAUGCCAAAAUCUGGAUUUACCAACGCUUAAAGCUGAGAAGGAGGUAUACUUCCUGGGGGACUCUGAAGUACUUCAAAUCCUUGUUUACAAUUCCUGUAAACUUCUCCCUUCCAUGAAAUCACUUCUAGUAUGGAAAUGAGUAACACAUUAAACUGCAUUUACUCUUA